CCGCCUAUUGGCCGGUCUGCGGACUUCCCACAGACAGUUGUAUGUUUCAUAAAAAUGCACUCUGAUGCGGCAAAUUUUCAGCUGAAUUCCCACUUGACUACACUGGCCAGCAUCCAUAAGAUCCACCACACCUUGCACAGGCUGAACUUGGCAGAAGACGUUGGACAGGACAGCCACCCCUCAGCUUGUUGCUCUAAAGCCAUGCCUCCUAGGAAAAAGAGGAGACCCUCUGCUGGAGAUGACAUGUCAGCCAAGAAAAGUCGCCAGGACAGCGUUUUCAGAAAACAUGAAACAUCCCAAAUCCGAGAGGAGGAGAUGUUUUCUAGUAAAAGAUGCUUGGAGUGGUUCUAUGAAUAUGCAGGCUGUGAUGAUGUGGUGGGUCCAGAGGGCAUGGAAAAAUUCUGUGAGGACAUCGGGGUGGAGCCGGAGAAUGUGGUGAUGCUGGUUCUUGCUUGGAAGCUGGAUGCCCAGAGUAUGGGAUAUUUCACCCUUCAGGAGUGGCUGAGAGGCAUGGGCUCAUUGCAGUGUGAUUCGACUGAGAGGCUGAGGAACUCACUCGACUACCUGAGAUCUGUCCUAAAUGACAGCACCAGCUUUAAGCUCAUUUAUAGAUAUGCCUUUGAUUUUGCUCGGGAAAAGGAUCAGAGGAGUUUGGACUUGAACACAGCCAAAUGUAUGUUGGGGCUUCUUCUGGGAAAGACGUGGCCUUUGUUUCCUGUGUUUAAUCAGUUUCUAGAGCAAUCAAAGUACAAAGUCAUCAACAAAGACCAAUGGUGCAAUGUUUUAGAGUUCAGCAGGACAAUCAACCUGGACCUCAGCAACUAUGAUGAAGAUGGUGCCUGGCCUGUUUUGUUGGACGAGUUUGUGGAAUGGUACAAAGAAAGACAGAUGUCAUAACUGCAGCGCAAAAAUGGGAAAGUAAUACAACUGUGACAACAACGACUCUGAGAAUCAAUAACCAAUAAGUAAACAAUACAAAAAAAAGUAAUGGAGUGACUGUGGGUGCUUCCUGGGAAAGGAGGGGUUUGGGCUGUGGGUGGGCUAGGGUGGGGUUGCUGGGUUUGCAGCCUGCAUGCACGCUGCUCAGAGCGUGGAGGCAGGAGGGCUGCUGUGCUCCCUCCCGAAGUUGCAUAGUGGGCAAGCUUGCAGCAAUCCCCAGUGGCAUUGCUCUCUCACUGUGACAUGUCAUAUUGCUGUCUGUGUUAGGAUAACAUGGUGUCAUACAUGGAUGAUGGAAGCAAAAUGGUAUUGUGUGGGAGAACCACUCCUCACCCCUUGUCUUCAGCACAGAGAAACUGAGAGAAGUGACCAUUCAUGCAUUGUGUCUGAGUCUUAAAUAGGGUCACUUUGACCUGGGCACAUUAAAGUAUUAUACAUCUGUGCAAUGAACUUGAACUUGAGCUUUUCUGGACAGAUAGCACUUAAUUUUUUUUUCUUGUUUUUGUCAUAUUUUGAGUUUCAUAGGAGUACUUCAAGAAGCACACUGUGUCAAAUGGUUGAUUGCAAGUUUCUAUUCUAUUGAUUUGUGCCAGUUUGUAGUUGUUGUUUUUUUUUUUGUUUGUUUUCUUCUUUCCCCUCCAGUUUUGAUUGCUUCAGCUUUUUUUUUUUUUUUUUUUUUUUUUUGCUUCUAGCUAUUCAUUUGCUAGCCCCCUGCAAAGGCUUCAGACCUCAUAACACCAAACAGUUUAGCAUUGCUGCUUACUAACUCUUAUUACAGUACAGCGGUGAGCCACUAGUGCUCUGAUCAGCAUUUAUUGGUCUGAUGACUGAUUUAUGUAUCUACGUUCUGUAGAUGAGAGUAUUACUGUGCCUCAAAACAUGGAAGUCACUUUGUGUGUCCCACACACAUACCAAUAAACCCAAAUGUACAUACACGUGUGAUAAGAGUACAUACAGCACAUGCACACAGACACACUGAGUGGUCAGGGAUUAUUUCAGGAUGAACUCAGACUGUUUUGGCUGUGUUAUAAGUUGACAUAGAGCUAGUUGGUGUCCAUUUUGUCUUGCUAUGUGGCAUCUGUUUGUCUUCCUUAGUCCACUGAUAGUUUCAGGUCUCCUCUUACCAGUAGCAUCUCUCCCAACACUGACGGUGUUAAUGUAACUGCAGUGGAAGACCGGUGACCCUCUCAGGAUGAGGUCCUUUAGGCUUGAGUAGUAAGGUACGUUUGGUGAAAGUGUUGCUUUGUACCACCCAUAGGAUGUACUCAAAACAGUGGACACUGACAGUUUGGAACUUUGUGAUGAUGCUAUGCUGUUCUUUUCGCCUAGUAUAAUGUUCUUGUAACACAUGUAUAAAUUUUUGUCUUUGGCUGUGAUGUGAUGCUGAAUUGUCAGAAGAUUUAAUAUUUGCAUGCAUGCUCCGACAGAGCCUUUUGUGAAUGAAUGAGAUUUUUUGAAAACAUUUUUCAAACUUUUUGUUUUUGUUUUGUACAGGUUUUUGUGAAAGUGUUUUGUGCUUAAUUUCAUAAACACAAUCAUGUUCUUUGAAUUCUGAUAAUAAACAUGAUUGUGUCUAUUAAGACCUGGAACACACCUGUAACCUCAUGGUGGAACAGGAGUUCCCUCCUGCAUUUACCCUUUGUUACACAUUCUUACAUAUGCUGCAAAACUUUGGCAAAGUGCGGGCAAUGCAGACAGUAGCCUGUUUUGCUACUGUUGCACUACAUUGUCAUGACAUACAUAAACGCUUCCAUAAAUCCAUUUCAGUUGAAAACUACACAGAAACCUUUGUCAUCACUACAAUGCAUCAACCAUCAGCAUAAACCUUAAGACUAAAGUAGUUGUAGGAUUGCUUACCAAAUACUGUGUAGAGAUCAGUGGUUUAGUCUUCUCCCUUGAUAAUGCAGGAGGAUGAACAGCCUUGUCCCAACUGUAUAUAUGUAUGUAAACUAUGUGUCUAUAUGUCUGUUUUCACUAUAACCUAUGUCUAUACAAGUAAAUAAAAUGGUUUAUUAACUUA